CGCACCCGCGCCGCAGCGGCCGGAGAUGCCGCGGGGCGCCGCGCCGGGCCUGCUCCUCUGGCUCUGCCUCGGAUUCCUCGACGGCCUGGUGAGUGGCUACUCCAUGACCCCUCCGACCCUGAACAUCACAGAUGAGGUGUACGUCAUUGACACCAGCGACAGCCUGUCCAUCUCCUGCAGGGGACAGCACCCCCUCGAGUGGGCCUGGCCAGGGGCUCCGGCAGUGCCAGCCACGGAGGAGAAGGACAGCGAGGACACAGGCGUCAUGCGAGACUGCGAGGGCAGCGACACCAGGCCCUACUGCAAGGCACUGCUGCUGCGCGAGGCGCACGCCAACGACACAGGCAGCUACCUCUGCUACUACAAGUAUAUCAAGGCCCGCAUCGAGGGCACCACAGCCGCCAGCACCUAUGUGUUCGUGAGAGACUUCGAGCAGCCGUUCAUCAACAAGCCCGACACACUCCUGGUCAACAGAAAGGACUCCAUGUGGGUGCCCUGCCUGGUGUCCGUCCCUGGCCUCAACGUCACACUGCGCUCGCAAAACUCAGUGCUGCGGCCCGACGGGCAGGAGGUGGUGUGGGACGACCGCCAAGGCAUGCGGGUGCCAACGCCGCUGCUGCGAGACGCCCUCUAUCUGCAAUGCGAGACCACGUGGGGCGGCCGGGACUUCCUGUCCAACCCCUUCCUCGUCCACAUCACAGGCAACGAGCUCUACGACAUCCAGCUGUUCCCUAAGAAGUCCCUGGAGCUGCUGGUGGGGGAGAAGCUAGUCCUGAACUGCACCGUGUGGGCUGAGUUCAACUCAGGCGUCACCUUUGAUUGGGACUACCCAGGCAAGCAGGCAGAGCGGGGUAAGUGGGUACCCGAGCGGCGCUCCCAGCAGACUCACACAGAGCUGUCCAGCAUCCUGACCAUCCACAACGUCAGCCUGCGUGACCUAGGCCCCUACGUGUGCGAGGCCAACAACGGCGUGCAGCGCUUCCGGGAGAGCACUGAGGUCAUCGUGCAUGAAAAGCCCUUCAUCAGCGUGGAGUGGCUCAAAGGACCUGUCCUGGAGGCAACCGCGGGAGACGAGCUGGUGAAGCUGCCCGUGAAGCUGGCAGCAUACCCCCCUCCCGAGUUCCAGUGGUACAAAGAUAGGAAGGCAAUGUCUGGGCGCCACAGUCCACACGCCCUUGUACUCAAAGAGGUGACUGAAGCCAGCGCGGGCAUCUACACCCUUGCCCUGUGGAACUCUGCAGCCGGCCUGAGAUGCAACAUCAGCCUGCAACUGGUGGUGAAUGUGCCCCCCCACAUCCACGAGAAGGAGGCCGCCUCCCCCAGCAUCUACUCCCGCCACAGUCGCCAGGCCCUCACAUGCACCGCCUCUGGGGUGCCCCCGCCGCUCGGCAUCCAGUGGCACUGGAGACCUUGGACACCGUGCAAGACGUUUGCCCAGCACAGCCUCCGGCGGCGGCGGCGGCAGCGAGACCGCAUGCCACAGUGCCAGGACUGGAGGGAGGUGACCACACAGGACGCUGUGAACCCCAUUGAGAGCCUGGACACCUGGUCAGAGUUUGUGGAGGGGAAGAACAAGACGGUGAGCAAGCUGGUGAUCCAAGAUGCCAACGUGUCUGCCAUGUACAAGUGUGUGGUCUCCAACAAGGUGGGCCGGGACGAGCGGCUCAUCUACUUCUACGUGACCACCAUCCCUGACGGCUUCAGCAUCGAAUCUGAGCCGUCCGAGGAGCCCCUGGAGGGCCAAGCGGUGCGCUUGAGCUGCCGCGCCGACAACUUCACCUAUGAGCACCUGCGCUGGUACCGCCUCAACCUGUCCACGCUGCACGACGCGCAGGGCAACCCGCUGCUGCUCGACUGCAAAAACGUGCACCUCUUCGCCACGCCGCUGGCCGCCAGCUUAGAGGAGGCGGAGCCCGGGGCGCGCCACGCCACGCUCAGCCUGAGCAUCCCCCGCGUGGCCCCCGAGCACGAGGGUGACUACGUGUGCGAGGUGCAGGACCGGCGCAGCCGCGACAAACACUGCCAUAAGAAGUACCUGUCGGUGCAGGCCCUGGAAGCCCCGCGGCUCACGCAGAACCUGACCGAUCUCCUGGUGAACGUGAGCGAUUCGCUGGAAAUGCGGUGCGCGGUGGCCGGGGCGCACGUGCCCAGCAUCGUAUGGUACAAAGAUGAAAGGCUGCUGCAAGAAGAAUCUGGAAUCGACCUCGCGGACUCGAACCAGAGGCUGAGCAUCCAGCGCGUGCGCGAGGAGGACGCGGGCCGCUACCUGUGCAGCGUGUGCAACGCCAAGGGCUGCGUCAACUCCUCCGCCAGCGUGGCUGUGGGAGGUGCCGAAGAUAGAGGCAGCAUGGAGAUCGUGAUCCUCGUGGGCACCGGCGUCAUUGCCGUGUUCUUUUGGGUCCUCCUCCUGCUCAUCUUCUGUAACAUGAGGAGGCCAGCCCACGCGGACAUCAAGACGGGCUACUUGUCCAUCAUCAUGGACCCCGGGGAGGUGCCUCUGGAGGAGCAAUGUGAAUACCUGUCCUACGACGCCAGCCAGUGGGAGUUCCCCCGCGAGCGGCUGCACCUGGGGAGAGUCUUGGGCCAUGGGGCCUUUGGGAAAGUGGUAGAAGCCUCUGCUUUUGGCAUCAAUAAGGGCAGCAGCUGCGACACCGUGGCAGUGAAAAUGCUCAAAGAGGGCGCCACAGCCAGUGAGCACCGCGCCCUGAUGUCGGAGCUCAAAAUCUUGAUCCACAUCGGCAACCACCUCAACGUGGUCAACCUCCUAGGGGCGUGCACCAAACCCAACGGCCCCCUCAUGGUGAUUGUGGAGUUUUGCAAGUACGGCAACCUCUCCAACUUCCUGCGAGCCAAGCGGGACGCCUUCAGUCCCUUCGCGGAGAAGUCUCCGGAGCAACGAAGGCGCUUCCGCGCCAUGGUGGAGGGGGCCAAGGCUGAUCGAAGGGGGCCGAGGAGCAGCGACAGGGCCGUCCUCGCUAGGCUCCUGAUGGGCAAGGGCGGGGCAGGGCGGGCUCCUCCAGUUCAAGAAGCCGAGGACCUGUGGCUGACCCCACUGACCAUGGAAGACCUUGUCUGCUACAGCUUCCAGGUGGCCCGAGGGAUGGAGUUCCUGGCCUCCCGGAAAUGCAUCCACAGGGACCUGGCUGCUCGGAACAUCUUGCUGUCAGAAAGUGACGUGGUGAAGAUCUGUGACUUUGGCCUUGCCCGGGACAUCUACAAAGACCCUGACUACGUCCGCAAGGGCAGUGCCCGACUACCCCUGAAGUGGAUGGCCCCCGAAAGCAUCUUUGACAAGGUGUACACCACGCACAGUGACGUGUGGUCCUUCGGGGUACUGCUCUGGGAGAUCUUCUCUCUGGGGGCCUCCCCAUAUCCUGGGGUGCAGAUCAAUGAGGAGUUCUGCCAGCGGCUGAAAGAUGGCACCCGGAUGCGGGCCCCAGAGCUGGCCACCCCUGCCAUUCGCCACAUCAUGCUGAGCUGCUGGUCCGGAGACCCCAAAGCAAGGCCUGCCUUCUCAGAGCUGGUGGAGAUACUGGGGGACCUGCUCCAAGCCGGGGGCCGGCAGGAGGGAGAAGAAGGCUGCACUGCGCCUCACGCUGGCUCUCAGAGCUCGGAGGAGGAGAGCAGCUUCCUGCAGGCGUCCACCACGGCCCUGCACGUCACCGAGGCUGACACGGACGACAGCCCCCCACGCCUGCACCGCCACAGCCUGGCCGCCAGAUACUACAAUUGUGUAUCCUUCCCUGGCUGCCUAGCCAGAGGGACUCAGGCCCAAGGUGCCUCCGGGAUGAAAACGUUUGAGGAGUUCCCCAUGACCCCGACAGCCUACAAAGCCUCCGGGGACAACCAGACAGACAGUGGGAUGGUGCUGGCCUCAGAGGAGCUGGAGCAGAUAGAGGACAGGCAUAAACCAGAAGGUGGGCUCAGCUGUAAAGGACCUGGUCAGACUGUGGAUGUGACCAGGGGGCACCCUGGCCCCCUUGGGCGGCGGCGGCGGCCUGACCGGGGAGCACAAGGAGGCCAGGUGUUUUACAACAGCGAGUAUGGAGAGCUGUCACGGCCACGCGACGACAAUGACAGCUCCCCAGGGUCUGCCGGCCCACCCUUCUUCACAGACAGCAGCUACUAAGGCAGCAGCAGGCAAGACCCUCUGCCCUCCUGAGCCUGGGCCCUGACAGUUGGGGGUAGGGAGUGCGGGGCGUGCUGGCAGGGGCCCCCGGCUGGAAACGCCUCUCCUUUGGUUCUAACCCUGGAGGAGCUUCCUCUCCCUCUGCGGCCUCCAGAGCCAGGAAGAGUAGAACUCCUGGCUCACGGGUUCCCCUGCAAACUCCCACCAUACCUGUCCCCAGCCUCCCCCAGCAGUCCACUAGAUGCCAAUGCCAUUUAGCUCCAUGUCUGCAGUUGCAGCCUCUGGGCUGGGCACUUCCAUGAACAGCCCUUGGUCCCCUCCUUGCAUCACCAACAGGGGGCGGCGUGGUGCCAUUUUCUGAUGACUCCUACGUGGGUCUGAGUCCCGUGCGGUUGAGGCAGAGCUGGAUGAGUGCCACCCCUCCCAGCCCCACGAAAUCGCUUUCCUCCACCCACACGCAGUCUCUCCUUAUGGGCGGUGACUUCCUUCACCUGCUAAGGGACCAGGCGCCAUCUCAGAGCCACAGAGGCCGGCUGUGGAGGCCCCUUCCUGAGCCGAGCCUCGUCUGUCCAGGAUGAGCCAGGCACCUAGAGCAAGGCAGAGCGGCCGUCUGCAAGGACUGAAAGGACCCAUCGACAGUUUUUUCAUUGGAACUUCACAGACUCUUUGGCCGCUGUGAAGAAUUCACCUUCCAGAACUUUAGCCAGGACGGUCCUACCAAAUCUAGUCGAUUCUGGCCUCAGACCCCCAAGUCAGAUUGUCACUUGUCCCUAGAGAAGGCCCCCCAGAAGCAGUGGACGGAUGGUCGAUAGCUGCCCACUUGUUUCUUCCUCUGGUGCCUUGCAAUCUGCCACCCAAGACCUGAACAUGCCUGCACCGCCGUUUUGCCCAUGCCACCCAGCAACCCAGCCCUGGGGGUAUCCUACCUGUGGCACCCUCCUUGCUUGUCCUGUGGACACCCCAGCAGGCCAAGCCUCUGCCCUCAGAGGGGAGCAGCCCAGAGAACAGCUCUGCUCAGGCCGCCAGCCCAGCUUGCCCUGCCCAACCACCCCACCAAGAGAAGGCCCCGCCCCCGAGCUAGUUCCUCCCAGAGAUCAGCCCCCAGCCACCCAACCCGCACGCUGAGACGCUUGCAGGACAGGCGCCGAGCGGGGAGCAGGGUGGAGUCCUCCGCCAACCUGCGUGUGCAUCUGGCCUUGAUCCUCGGCGUCCCGUGGCCUCCUUCCUCUCCUGUCCCCUCACCGUGGGCCCAGGCUUCAGGCUUAUCUAGUGGCAGUCUGGGCAGGUCCGUGAAACCCCACACCCCACCCCACCACGUGCACACCACCUGCCCGUGUCACCUCUCCUGCCAGGUUACAGCACGCGCAGAGAUGUCCUGGGGAGGAAAACCGACCACCUCCUCCCCGUAGACCGCGCUCUCUGAAAAGAUCUAAAAUAUUUAACAAAAGAUAAUAAUAAAUCUGAUGCCAGUCUUUGA